AUAAACCUGCACUUGCAAAGCAAAACCAUUAACCUUCAAUCCACAGAUUUCAUUGAGAACUACAGAUUAAGAGGAGAAUGGCAAGUCAGUGUCCAGUUAAGAAUUCAUGGCCGGAGCUCGUCGGGACAAACGGGGACAUUGCAGCGGGUAUCAUACAGACAGAGAAUGCAAAUGUGAAGGCAAUCGUGGUCAAGGAGGGAUUGCCUAUAACUCAGGAUUUAAAUUUCAACAGGGUCCGGGUUUUCGUGGAUGAAAAUCGGGUGGUCACUCAAGUUCCUGCCAUUGGCUAAACAACGAAUUUAUUACCUCAA